CCCCAUCCUUGCACACCAUCCAAGCAGCAUCAACGACCCCACACUGCCAAAAAAGCACAAACUACGUUACACCAACCCAACCCUAAAGCAAGUAACCAAUCACAUCUACCACAAUGACCGCAACAGAAUCGACCACAACCACCAUGGCUACCCAAGAACCAACCACAUCCACAAAGCUCAUAGCAUCAUCCACCCCCACCCCCAAAAUGGACACCGUCUUCAGCAUCGUCGAACUAGUCGAGUGCAUCCUCCUCCGCUUCGACCCAUUCGACCUGAUGCGCGCCCAACUCGUCUGCCGCCAAUGGCGCACGCUAAUCACCACGCGCAGCCCGCUCCGAGCAGUCUUGUUCUACGACUUCGCCCACCCGUACCCCACCGAACCAACCUUCAACCCACUCAUGCGAUAUCUCUUCCCAGUGCUAUUCCCCACUCCGGACUUCACGAAGCCCACCUCCCCAAUCUUCAUGCCUGAAGACAUACAGCAUAUGCGCCUGGGCGACGACACAGCCUACCACAAGGCGGUCUUCCGCCCUGAAGCCUCCUGGCGACGCAUGAGACCCAUGAAUAUCCCGUGCCGGGUGCGCAAAGUAGUCCGGAAGACGGUCCGGGAUGAUCAGAACCCAGCGAAGAAUCUGCUGGUGUAUGAUAAAGAGGCCGGACAGGAUCCGGUGCUGGGAGCGACGAUGGAGCUCUUUUGGGAUGUGUUGUUGCAUGAGUUAGGGUAUUGGCCGACGAAUGGGAUGGCGGUAGAGUGGAGGACUGUGAGGGAGGGGAGCGGGGAUUGGGAUAAUAAUUGGAAGGAAGGGGUUAGUGAUGAGGAGAAGAGAAGGCUGAGGGCGCCGUAUGAGUGCUCGUUUGUGUCUGCGAGUCCGGAGGGGAUGCUGGGGAGGUGUGAUCGGCGUAAGUUUACGUUUGUGAGGGUGAAGCCGCCGAUUAGGAUGAAGUCAACGGCGGAGGGGUAUUUGGGGAUGAGGAAUCAGUACGUCUUGGAUAAGUUUGAGUCGAAGUUUUAUGGCCCGGAUAAGCCUCCGAAGUUUGCGCAUAGGGGGGAGUGGGAGUGGAUUAAUGAUGAUGGGACUAAAUCUUACGACCCAAGCAAAUAUGCGCCCAAUGAUGAGGAUAAUAUAUGGCCUGUUCCGGAUGAGGAUGAUAGUGGUACGGAGUGGUCUUGGGAUGAGGCGAAGGAGUACUUUGAUAGGCCGGAAUGCUAUUGGGUGCCUACUCAUACGCCGAUUUGAGAUGAUGGGGUUGGGGUAUUUAUAGUCUUUGUUAUAUUACUGUCUACUACCUGUGGUGCUAGGUAUGCUGGUGAUGCUGGGUAGCUGGUGGUGGUAAAAGUACGCUCUAGGACUGUGCAAUGAGGAUUUGUCAUAUAAUGGAAACGGAAUGCUUGAAUUAUCU